AUGUGUUCCAUCUACAUCUUUGAAUACGCCUGCGGCUGCAAGUACCAGGAAGAGGGCGUGGUCCCUUGUGUUAAACAAGGGACUCCUGAGUGCAAGGGCGUGAAGGAGCAGCCUCGUGCACGAGGCUUCCGGCACUCGAUUACUUCGGGGGCUCGAGGCCGUCCAUCGUUAUGUCCUACGAUCCUCGAGUGA